AUGACUGUUCCUCCGUUCGAAACUAUCUUUGCGGUGCCCAUGACCUGUAUCAACAAAGUUACUGCCAACCUCAAAGACCAACUAGUAUCUGUUGAAGGCACUGCAGCACCGUCGGCUAUAGUUGAGGCCAUUCAAUCCACCGGACGUGAUGCCAUCCUGAGAGGAUCAGGAAAGUCCGACAGCGCCGCAGUCUGCAUUCUCGAAUCUCACGCACCUCACGUGGAGAACAAAGUCCGCGGACUUGUGCGAAUGGUUGAAGUUGCGCCUGGUAUGACAAUUGUCGAUUUGAGUAUACGGGGACUAUCCCCCGGAACCUACCAUGCGACUGUCCGCGUGUGUGGAGAUAUCUCGGAGGGCCCUGAAUCCACUGGUGCGGUCUGGGAAUCUCUAAAAGCCGAAAAGGAAAAGAAGCCGUGUCGUGGCGUCUUUGGCACUGUGCAGGUGGAUAAAGGAGGGGUUGGAUCGGUGUUCUUGGAUAGGCCAGUUCACAUCUGGGAGAUGAUCGGACGGAGCAUCGUGGUUGCGAGAGAGCAGGACGGCCAGUUUGACAAGAAUGAUCCGGAUACGCUAGUGGGUGUCAUCGCACGUAGCGCUGGUGUUUGGGAUAAUGACAAGACGGUGUGCUCGUGCUCGGGGAAGACGGUAUGGCAGGAGCGGGACGAGCAGCGGGACCGUGGCAUGCUCUAA